AUCCAGAUGACACUUUCAGUGUUUUUUCUCCAAAGGGCAAAUCUUGGAUAAUUUUGGCACUUGUUAUAAACGUCAGAAGUGAUCAAGCUCAUGGAGGAAAACAUGAUGUCUUGGGAGGUUGUAGCGAUACCGAGCUAGAUCUGCAGUGUUACAAACCUAACUUUAUCAGCUAUGAUAGGCAGGAUUUGUCUACGGCUGCUCCAGUGGCUGCAGUUUUCGUAGCACUCCACCAUAGCUUCAAGUAA